AACUUUGCCGCGACGCGCAGUACGCAUGCGCUUAGGUAUAUGUACGUUGCAUCUCCGAAAUUCAGUUCGCUGCAAGCGAUGCACGUAGUAAUGCGGUCCAAGGGAAAAGCCAGGAAAUUCGAGCAGAAUGAAGAAGGGACUGAAGAGGAGUAUGCUGAUGUUGAUCAACUCACACGAGACAGUGACAACCAUUCCCCACCUGACGUCGCCAGGACAGCUCCGGCAACAACGUCGUUUGCGUCCAUCUUUCCCUUCUUUCCACCAGUGACAGUUACGCCGCACGUCAACAUGGAGAUGAAGCCACAGUUUCCUGUCGCUAUGGAGAGGCAGCAGAUUCCAGUAUCCAUGGCAAUGCCAAAACAGGCCAUGUACAUUCCAGACCAGAUGAUGUUACCAGAAACACUCGAAUUUCGUGAAUCUCGUAUGUCUGGAAAUCUCAGCGUGUGGGCAAAAGUAAAGAUAGAUAGAGGUCAGAAGUUUGGACCUUUUUCGGGCAUUCUCAGACCAAACCCAAUGGAUCCAAUGUGUGCAUGGGAGCUGAUAGAGACAGACGGGAAGGUUAAAGGUUGGAUCGACGCCACCGAGCCGGGAACGGGCAACUGGAUGAAGUUCGUAAGAAGCGCUAAAGCUGUGGAGGAACAGAACGUGAUGGCUGUCCAGGUGGAAUCACAGGUCUAUUACAAAGCAAUAAAGGACAUAGAAGCUGGCGAAGAGAUGUUGCUCUACGAGAGAGAUGCUGUCUACCCAGAGAGUGAGCUGGAGAACCUACCCGUAGAUGAAGAUGAGAAAUCAUACGAAUGCAAGUGUGGCGAGGUGUUCCGGUCAAAGGUGGCGCUGCGAAGACACGAGACGUAUGCCUGCGGCAACAAGAACGCCAUCUACAUGAAGAUCAAUGAGGAGUUCAUGUCGAGUAAGACAGGCUGUGCUGAUGGGUAUGCACAGCAGCAGCUCCAGUGCAUGGAUUGCGAAGUGGAAUUCCCUGACCUUGCAAAGUACGAAGAGCAUAUGCAGGGCCAUUGCAAGGACACCGAGUACAAGUGUGACCAGUGUCCGCGAGUCUUCAACUGGAAGUCCAACCUCAUCCGUCACCAGAUGCAGCAUGCUGCCGAGGACAGCCAGCUGGCCUGCGAGAACUGUGACAAGGCAUGUUGCUGUACACGCGAUUGCGAUUCACCGGUAUUCACUGACGCUAGUAAUCUGCAGAGGCACAUCCGCACGCAGCAUGUGGGAGCGCGCUCGCAUACAUGUCUGGAAUGUGGCAAGGCGUUUGCCACGUCCAGUGGACUGAAGCAACACACUCACAUACACAGCAGCGUGAAACCUUUCCAGUGUGAGGUGUGUCUGAAGGCAUACACACAGUUCUCCAAUCUCUGUCGUCACAAGCGCAUGCAUGCUGACUGUCGCACCCGCAUCAAGUGCAAAGACUGCGGCCAGUCCUUCUCCACGGUGACGUCGCUUAGCAAGCACAAGCGCUUCUGUGAGGGGGCGCUGCGCCAUGGACUUCCGCCAUACUUCCCCAGCGUUCCAUCGUCUGAGAAGUCUCCGAUUGGUGGGCCACCCUCCACAUCACAUCCCUACCCGAAUCUUUAUGGGAUCCGUCCAAACUUUCCCCUGUUCCCAAUGGGUUAUCCGUUCAUGCCACCUCACAUGCUACCUUUCCCAUCCCAACUACAUGCACCACGCUUCAUACCACAUUCAACAACUUCCUCAAUAAGUCCAGGUCAUCUGCACGAGAGUAAGCCACCACGCAUGCAGGCCGCCCCGAAAGGAAGCGAAGGCUCGGAGGUGAGCGAACUGUCGGAUCUCAGCUCACCCGGAGGCAGCAGUGCUGAUACCAGCAUCGAAUCUGACGCCGAGAGCGAAGGCGAUAAGAAGGAGAGAAAGGCGGGCGAGGUGAAGCCAGCACCGAUCCUCACGCAGGCUCUCUUGCAGCAGCGGAGCGCACACCCUAUGUUCUCAUCCACACUCUCGUCACCUCGACGUGCAGAUGGCAAGACAUAUAUACCAAGAGAGCGGGCGUUCGACCUGACGAAAAAGAGUGAGGAAUCCCCACUUGAUCUGAGUGUGAAGAAGCCGUCCUUCACUCAGGAGCAACACAAGACGCACAUCUUCGGAAGCAAGCAAUUGAGCAUGGAAGGAAAGCGCCCCGUGAAGCCAGUCGCUCCUCCUCCGCAGCCUCCGGCAGCUCGCCCAUCGGUCGAACGGUUUCUGAGGCCGGAGAGCAGCCAGACGGUCGCACCCAGCAUGUCCAUUCCCAGUCUGUCCUCUGGUAGUCUGGCUGGACUUCAGUUCCCGGGCAGGUUCCCGUUUGCACCGCGGUUCCCUUUUCCCAACCCGGCACUGAUGAACAUCAACAACAUCAACUUGGAGAUGCUGCGCAAACAGUUUGAGAUUAACAGACCACCGAUGAUGUCAGAUGCGAUGCGUUUUCCUGAAAGGCCCAUGCAGUUUUCGCCCUAUGCCAUAAAUGGCGCUAAGCAGAAGGAGCGUUACGGCUGCAAGUAUUGCGGCAAGAUUUUCCCGCGGUCAGCUAACCUCACUCGUCACCUGCGCACUCACACGGGGGAGCAGCCCUACAAGUGCAAGUACUGCGAGCGAUCAUUCAGCAUCUCCUCUAACCUACAGCGCCACGUCAGGAACAUCCACAACAAGGAGAAGCCGUUCAAGUGUCCGCUGUGUGACCGCUGCUUCGGCCAGCAGACGAAUCUUGACCGGCAUCUGAAGAAGCACGAGACGGAGGGACCCAAUUUCACUGGGUAUUCACCGGAUUCGAACCUCGACGAGAAAGACGAGAGCUAUUUCACGGAAAUUCGCAACUUUAUCGGCAAGGUGACGGAGAAGGACCAGGAGGCGCACAGUAAUCUCGACACGAACUUCUCGCUCAUCGACCAGAUUGAGAAGAAGACUUUCAUCGACCGCACGUCUAGUCCCGAGCGAGACGCAGAGAGCAUGUCAAUCAAAACCAACUCGUCGAUCGACGACGAUGAGGAAGCCGAGCCACUGCCAAAGCGCGCACACGUCGACGAGCGAAACAACAACAACUCGCCGGUGGUGGGCAGCAGGAAGCAGGACAUGCUGUCUCCGCACGGCUCUCUGAAGUCCCCAGCUCCCGCCCCGCAGGCGCCCUCCAGAUCUGACCUUCAGGCGACCAUGCUGCGCGAGCAACUCAACCGAAGUCCCGACUCGACCCGGCAAAACCCUCUUGCCGAGAAGCUGGGCAGCUAUGGCAACAUCUACGAGUUGAUGCUAGGCAAGGCGACGACGUGCGCUAUCUGCCAGAAGGACUUUGCGUCACCCGCGAAGCUGUACGUCCAUUUCCAAGAGCUGCACAGUGACUUCAAAGCGUUCUCGUUCUGUGACGCGAUGCCCGUGCCUGUGCCAGUGCCAGCGGGAGCUGUUAGCACCAGUUUGCAGAAUGGUCACGGUGAACAGAAGGUACUUACGACAUAGAAAUAGUAUGUGAAGAGUUUUUGAGGGCAACAACGCGGAAAAUCUCUACACAGUUGCCGUCUGAUGUGGCGCACACACAGUAGGUUGUAAAUGGCUAUAUUCUGCAGACAUCAUUUAAUAUUGGUGAAUGGAUAAUAUGUUGAGUUUAAAAUAGCUGUUCUGAGGUAUAUAUAUAGUGCAGCCUAUUUAAACUGUUGUGUACAGUGGUAUCUGGUUCAGCGUUGACCAAUCUAUUUUAGACGCGCACCGUAUUAGCACGUACACGUCCUCUCCGUAGAAUACAUAUAUUAUGUCGAAUUCAGUAUUGUUUGCUCAGGUACUGUCGCUGCUGCGCCUCACAUCGCAGGUGAUGAUCGUUGACUCUAUCGCGUUGUAAAUUGCGGAUCGGUGUCAGUGAGCAAACCGCGAGGCUGUCGCCACGAUGAAACGCGUGACGACGUCGGCGACGUGUCCAACAGUAGGUUGACACGCCUCGGUGCGCUCUUGCGAGGCAGCUAUGAAUUAAAAAAUGUGAUUCCUUAUGGAAGCCGAGUCUUGUGCACCAAGCACAUGCGUAUCGUAGCAGUCAGUAGUAGGUAUAGAGAACGACUACUCCUCCUUGCGAGGGAUUCCUGUAUCGUAGCGUUUUAUCGAGUUGCUAACGGCUGGUUUCCGCAUGACACUUUGGUGCUAUCACCAAGCAGUCAACUUGGAGUGCUGCUCCAGGAUAGGACGAGAUGCUGUCAGAUGCAUGUACAGUAGAUGUACCUAAUCGUUUCUCAAUUUGUACAGUUGUGUGUCGGCUAUACAUUUUGACAGUUAAAUGACAAUGAGUAUAUUAUAUUAAAGUAAUUAAUAACUCUCAUGAUAAAUCACGUUUCAUGUAAAUUUUUAUGCAGUAACUUAUAGCGUUUGAAAGUUAUGUGUAAUGUUUUCGUUAAGGUUAAUGAUACAUCGUAAUCACCGCGUAUUGCACUACGUAGACCUAAUUAGUAGCUAAUUGUGGUAAAUAUACAUGGGUAGCACGGAUCACUCUUGCGUUAAUUACUGAUGCGUUUCCAAAAAUAUAUAUGUAUUUGGAAAAUAUCAAAGAAGUUUAAUUGCGUGUCUGUGCGUUUAUAAUCAGGAUCAACAUUGUUUUGUCAUACAAGCCAGUUGCCCGCAAUGCACAUGUAGGGAGAUACUAAAGGCGUGGCUUUAAGUAGCGUGUGCCGGUGCCAGGAUAGUUAGCUCUUUUGGUUUAUUCUGUCUGAGCCUAAACUACAACACAAUCAUGACUUCAUUUAUGCACCAUUUUAAAGCCGGAUAUUUUUUAUAUUUGUUUUUUUUUGAUAGGGUAGGUGACUGUAGUGUGUUGCUUGAACAAAUAUUUUCUAGUCUUGAAUGUUGAAUGCUCGCGCGCGUGUACCCGGCCUAUGUCCCUGCUUGGUUGUACAAUUACUGGUUUUAGUUGUCCACGUAUGGAUCACAAUAAUUAAUGGUCAUUAGUUAGAUAACUAGGCACCGGGGAAUUUCCUUUUUAGUUUGCUUGUUACUUUCUACUUUUAAUUUAUGUGCAGAUCGCGAUCUGUGUUUCAGCGGUGUUUCGAUUUCUUCGGGCGUGUGUUUUCGUUCCUAUUCAUAUCCAGUUUUGUGUUGAUCACCUUUCUUAUCGCAACUGGUGCUAGGAAAGUUUAUAACUGACAGAAUCCGUUUAUAAUGCGAGUAUCGUCGAGCUAUUUUCGUUCAUCGUCAGCCGAGAGCAAAUAUCCGGUAGGCGUUGUGUACAACCAGGUUCAUGUGUGUUUGCAGGAGGGUGUAUAUCCCGAUGCGGUGAAGUUUAGAAGUUUGUCUUGGAUGCGUGUUGCUCGGCCAUCUUGUUGCGCACAGCAGCGUGCUGGCUGUGUGCGCUAUCGGUUCAGUGUGUAUCUAUAUGUGCGUCAUGAAUAAUGUUAAUCCGUUUUAGAAAUGUAUCUUGUUUAACUAUAUCGGUGACCGCGUGUAGAAAGGUGCAUUUGCUACCCAAUAUACAUACACUUACAAGUACGUGAGUUUUAUAAAUAUUGAACAGACACGGGGUAUGAAUGUCACACAUUUGUUAUAUUACAAGUCCUUUCGUUGCCACCUUCCGACCCUCUCCCUCCAAAUGCAAACCAUUAAUUGGCUUAAGCCGAACGUAUUUAUGCUGCUGAGUACUAUAUCGGUGUUUAACCCGAGCCGCCACUAACAGGAUUUACACUGGAGGUUUAUGGCAACAAAAGGCUUUGACCAAUCAUAGUUGUUUUCAUCGUGUUAAUGAAUCGAAAAUGUUGAGUGUUUGAUUAUUAUUAUUAUUAUUAUUAUUAUUAUUAUUAUUAUAAUUAUAGUUAUAAUUCCAGUACUGAGUAAACAUAAAUUAUACAUAAAUUGUGUAGAAUGUUUCGGAUGAAUAAAUCUGUGUAAACUGU